AUGGCUGCUGAUGGCCACGAGUGCACAGCAGAGGUGGUAGAGGAGCCGCAGAAGCCAGGGCAUUCUUGUCCUUUGGCUCGCAGUUUCCGACACUGCGAGGCUCUGCGAGUACUCAUUGGAGUUCUCGUCGGCCUGGCGGUUGGCCUCGUGCUCUCCUUGGCUGCCAACCUGCCAGCAGAGUCGGAGAUCCUUCAAAUCCUGGCCUUCCCUGGGAAGCUAUGGCUGAAAGCCUUGAAAUGUGUGGUGCUGCCCAUGAUCUUUUGCGGCAUGGUUCAUUCCAUGGUCAUGAUGCGAGAACUUCCAGCCGCACGCAGUGCUGCUAUCUGGGUUAUUGGGCUCUACACCACCACCACCGCAUUGCAGCUUUGGGAGGGCGUUGCCAUCUCUUGGACGCUGCUGCGAACCUCCUUGAAACCUGUGGAGGCGGCCCUGGCCAAGGAGACUGGGCUAGAGAAGAUGUCCAUGCUGGACACAGUUCUUAACAUCUUCGACCAGCUGGUUCCGAAAAAUGUUGUGAAGGACGCGGCACAGAACCACCUUAUCUCGGUCAUCCUCAUGGCAAUCAUCGUCGGCAUCCUCCUCCGUGUAAAGCGCGAUGAUGGCCGCAGGAGCAUUUUUCUUGACCUGCUGGACGAGAUCAACGAGGUGGUGACGAGAUGCAUUAAUGUGCUGAUCUGGCUCAGCCCCCUCGGCGUAGGGAGUCUCGUUUGCAGCAGCGCCGCGCGCUUCGACCUGGCCCACCUCGGGACGGCAGUGGCCCUGCUUGUGGCAGCGGUCCUGUGUGCUGCAGGUAUUCACAUGUUUGUCUUCUGUGCCCUGUUGCUUACUCUGGGCGCAGGCCGCAACCCCAUCCGCUUCUUCCUGAACUGCCUGCCGCAGUUGCUUACUGCCCUUGGCAGCUCGUCCUCUGCGGCUGCGCUGCCUCUCAGCAUUUCCGUCGCCAUUGACAAGAACGACUUGUCACCGCACAUCGCCAAGUUCGUGCUGAGCCUCGGGGCCACCAUCAAUAUGGACGGGACUACCGCGUAUCUCAUCUGUGCCACGUCUUUCCUGGCGGCCCUGCAGGGCAUCUCUUUGACAGCCGGGGACUACGCUUCCAUGGUUCUGAUGGCCACCCUCUGCUCCAUGGGCUCAGCCCCUGUACCCAGCGGCAGCCUAGUGCUUCUCACGACGUUGCUCACUUCCUUGAACAUCCCCGUCACAGAGACGUUUGGCUUGAUCACGGCCGUGGAUUGGCUAUUGGACCGAGUGAGGACAUGUGUCAACGUCUACGGCGAUGCUUGUGUCGCAGCGGUGGUUGACAAGAAGAUGGAAGGACGCAAUCCGAAGCAAGAGCUUUUCACUCCAGUUUAA